GAGCGCUUGUGGACAGCUCAUUCCCUCCCAAGGCCGCCGCCCCCCACCUGUGCUUUCCCCUCCCCUUUCUGGAUCUCCAUGGCGAACACCUCCACGGUCGACGCGCCGCCGCCCAAGGAAGUCGGAUCCGUCGAUCCCUCGCCCGACAGCAGCAACGCGGCGUCCGGAAGUGAUCUGGCAGAAGCUGAGGCCGCCGGAGCAGAAGCCGAGGCAGCCGGAGCAGAAGCGGCCGAGCCCAUCGCAUCCGACUUCAUCCUGGAUACUGGAGCCCCCGUGCACGCGACCGGCGACGUUAGGCUGAUAUCCAACGCGAGGGAUUUGGGUCCAGGCGAAGCUGUCUCUAUGACUAGGCGCGACGGAAAGACUCUCCAUGCCACCUCAGUCGGCAUCAUCCGGCGAGGGACUAUAUUCUCCCUCGACGACGUCCACUGCUUUCCCGGACUACCGUCCGUGUCCACGCUCGUCUCCGUGCCGCAGCUCGCGCAGCGCGGCUUGUCCGUCAUGUUCUGCGGCCCGGCCUGCACCGUCCGGGAUGGGAGCACCGAGGCCGUCGUCGGUGAGGGUCAGCUGCGGGAUGAUGACGGCUUUUACCAUCUGGAUUAUCUCAUGGUACCCAUUACCUGAACGCGGACCCUUGCACGAAUAAAACUUCCGCGGUGCUCUGCACUGAAGAUACCAGAUGAAUGCUGCGAGCGCCGGUGCCAUCAAGACUUUGCCUGACUGCCUGCCUGCUACUUGCGUUCUUGUGGACUCGGGGUCAAUGGUAAACGAGACCUGACCAACUCAAGUUGGACGAGAUGGUGUGAUCAUGCCUCGUCAAGCUCAAGACUCGGAACUACAUUUUUCUUGUGUUUAUUUGUUUGGUUGCCUUCUCAGGUGUGAGAGAGCUUAUUAUUUUCUGUUAUUGUAAGGGGUUAUUCCAGUUUAAUAAUAUAAGGAAGGUAUCUUAUUCGGAA